CCUCCACACAGGACCUCGUUUAUUUAUUUUUAUUUUGAUAGCUGCCGAUUAAACUGAAAGUUACAACAUUGACAUGAUUAUUAUGAGUAGUUUUUACAGAGAAGUCGAUCAGAAGCGCAGUGAAAAUGGUCAGAUCCGCCCACCGGAUCCACUUCUCUGGCUGCAAUACGCGCUCCCGACACAGGGGGAACAGAUUUUCACAGGGGAACAGAAUUUCUCACAAGAACUCAUCCCACAAAAACCCAAGAAGAAGAAUAAGCUGACGUCAUCAUUUUCGACAUUUACAUUCCGGUGAUUGUACUACAGAGGUCAUUCAGAUGAAAACAGUUAGGCUUCUUAAACUGAAAGUCCUUCCAAAGGACGAGAAGCCAAGGCGGAUGACUCCAUCAGUUUUUAAGCAAGAAAUGAUGCAGUCCUCAGAGGAGCGCCUGGAUAACAUCACAGAGAUCCAUCUGCCCCUCAGGCUCGAGACUCCAGAAGGCAACACCACUCAUUGCAUGCUGUCCCCAGUAAAACCGGACCAUCCGAUUUUCCAGCCUUACCCAUCAGAGCUGGUCUUCCAGAACUUUAUUCCCUUACAAACCUACAGUUUGCCUCUGCUGCUUCUCAACAAUGACCAGGUUGCACACCCUGUGAAGUUGGACCAGGAUAUUUCAGAACAGUUUUACGUGGCUGGUCCAGAGACUGGGAGAAGCAAAAUAGCACCAGGAAUGAGUGCCAGUUUUAUGGUAUUCUUCACUCCACAGGAGAGCAAGGAUUACAGCCACAGACUGAUUUGUGUUUCUCCAAGAGAAUGUUUUGAGAUUCCAAUUCGUGCCAUUGGGCCCCGCGCCAUACUUGACUUUAAAGAUGAGAUUCAUUUACCUACUUGUCUAGUGAAAGCAUCCACAGAGAAAACUCACUUUGUUUGCAACAUAGGCAACUGUAAGGCCAAUUUCAAGAUGCACACAAAAAGUCCUUUCUCAGUGACGCCCUCUACUGAUAUUCUCGAUGUUGGGGAAGGCAUCCAGGUGACUGUGAUUUUCCAGCCCAUGAAAGUUGGACAGUUCCAGGAAGACCUCAUCCUGCAGUAUGACACUGGUGAAGAUGUCCACAUCAGUUUGUUUGGGACUUCGGAGGAACUGAACAUCUGUCUUCAACCUGAGCCUGUAAAUCUGAAGAAGACUUAUAUCUCCCUGACCAGUUCUCAGACAGUUUCACUCACCAACUGCAGUGACAUUCCUCUUAAGUACCAUUGGACAGUGUUGCCAAGUCAGGCAGAAGAUGACCUGUCCUUUUUCAGGGAGAACUCUGUGCUUCAGCAGUUGGAGGAGAAAAGGGAGGGAAAUAUGUGUCGACCUAGUCGGUGCGAGUCUGACCCCAAAGCGAUCCAUCACCCCCUGCUGCUGUCCCAAAGCCUGCAGGAGAGCAAUAGCCAAGCUGCAGAGGACUGCCCUCCUACACUUUCACUCAGCGGCAUAACAUUGGAGCCGGUGAGGGGAGAGCUCUGGCCUAACACUACAGCAAACUUUCUCAUCGUCUUCAAGCCAGAGGAGGCAAAAGUUUACCAACACACCGUUUAUUGUAAUGUCACAGGCAAGGAAUCAUCAUUACCCCUUCGGAUCAAAGGUGAAGGGCUUGGACCAAAACUCGAGCUCAACUAUAACCUGAUGGACAUAAGAAAUGUGUUUAUAGGUGACAAAGAUCAUUAUGAGCUGCAGAUGACAAACAAGGGACUGAUUGAUGCCCCUUUCAAGUUUUCUCACCCUAAGACCACAUUUGGCCUGUGUUUUUCCAUCCGGCCCCAGGAAGGUGUCAUUCCCCCUGGGAUCUGCCAGGCUGUAGAAAUCAGUUUUCACAGUCGGACCUUGGGAAGCUUUUCUGAGGAUUUGCUGUUAAUUGUCACAGGACAGCCGCAAACUCAAAUCCUAACUUUCAGGGGUUGUGUAAUUGGCCCCACUUUCCACUUUGAUGUGUAUGAACUAAAUUUCGGCGACGUAGCUUUUGGUUUUCCAGCAACACAGACAUGUACCCUUUUCAACACAUCAUUUGUUCCAAUGACUUUUGCUUUACAUGUCAUGGGGGACGGGUUAGGACCUCGUAGCAUUACCAGUACCCAACAGGUGUCUGAUUUGUCCCCAAAGAGUUGGCAAGGAUAUCCAACUUGGGACCGUUUUCUUCGACCAGUGGAGUUUACUGUCAGUCCAACAACUGGCACUGUGGAUGCCAUGUCUGAUGUCAGCAUCAAGGUUACCCUGUGCUCGAACACAGUGAAGAAAUAUGAACUGGCGCUAGCAAUAGAUGUUGAAGGUGUCGGAGAGGAAAUCACGAUUCUGCCUCUCAAUGCCAGGUGUGUUGUGCCUGGGAUUGAGUUUGAACCUGCCAUUUUGGACUUCCAAAGAUGUUACCUGGGUCUUCCCUAUGAAAUGAAUUUGCAGCUGAUCAACUCCAGCAAUCUUCCUGCUUGUUAUGGUGUGCUAGAUCAG